ACCACAUGAGGUCUUGGUUCUAGACAACUCCUCUGGUAGGGUCAUGGACAAGCACCGCCGCGAUGAUUCUCCUUCGGGUCUAUCAGAUAUUGUCGAGCGUGACGGGCUCUUGGGGACCGGCAUCACUUCUCGACAUAUCGAGGCCUUUGGGAGAAAAGUCACAUCAACUGCUGGGCAUUUGAUGGGCCCUUCUGGCGACCCGAGUACGAGCACUCACUACCAGAACGCUAUGGUAGAUAUCCAUCGCGAGCUCCGACGCCCCAGUACACAGCGCAAAGUGUUCGCCCUCGCACAAACAACGCCGACUGACCUUGUCCGCUCGAAGCUAUCGACUUCCGAGAUCCAGUCCCGCGCCAUCUCAUCCCUCCCCGACGAACUCCUCUUGAACAUCCCUGACGACACCAGCAGCUACUCCCUUUUUGAGGGGUUCCAAGCUACGCAGAAUGACCAUGAAUACAGAAAAGCACAUCGCCGGGGGAGGUCCAAGGGGAAGAAGCUCCUGAAAGAUAAAGAUGGCGAGCAGGCUGACCCUCCGUCCACCUUGACCGAACUGAAGAAAGAGCGAGAUCUGCUCAGCCGGCGAAUGGAGUUGAUGGGCGUUCGGAAAAACAUGUGCAGUUCGGAGAUUGUUGACAUCGAUAAUAAAAUUGCAAACUUUCAUCGCAUGCGUCAGAUAGUUCUGGAUCGGUUGGCUGGCUUGGAGAUGGAGGAGGCGGAGCUAGAGCAUGAAGUCAACGAGAUCGAUAAUAAGCUAGACGACAUGGCGGAAGAAGAAGCUGCGCAGGCCGCACAGGCUGCCGCAGCCGCUGCUGCUGCCACCACAGCGGGCUCUGAAACCCACGAGGAACCUGCUUCGGAAGAUCCGGCAAUGGAUGCGUCGUUCAUGUCGGAAUCAAUAUACCAGAAACUGCCUUCACCACGAAGCUUGAAACACCGAUCAAUACGGAAACGGUCUAUGCCAGUUCUUCACGAGCAUUUCGCCCCUGGCUCAGAAAUCAAGGAGUUCCAGGCGCACACCGACGUCGUUACGGCUCUCGAUCUCGACUAUCCGUUCGGGACCAUGAUCACAGCGGCGUUAGACGACACUGUUCGAGUUUGGGACCUAAAUAUCGGCCGUUGUACCGGAUUCUUGGAAGGGCACAACGCCUCAGUCCGGUGCCUCCAAAUCGAGGACAAUGUUGUUGCGACUGGCUCUAUGGAUGCGACAGUCAAGCUUUGGGAUUUGAGUCGUGCUCGCACUACGCAUAGAGACAACCGCGUUAAUAAGGACGAGGACGACGAUGCCGUGUCGGUUGCUUAUUCAACCAGCUUAGAAGACUGCCAUGUAUACUCUCUUGAUGCACAUGUUGGAGAGGUCACAGCGCUGCACUUUAAAGGAAAUACACUAGUGUCAGGUUCUGCCGACAAGACACUGCGACACUGGGACUUGGUAAAAGGACGCUGCGUACAGACUCUGGAUGUCCUUUGGGCAGCUGCGCAAGCGUCUUCACUUGGAAACGAAUCACAGUGGCGCCCGUCUGGACGUCUACCGGAUGCUUCUGCGGACUUUGUCGGAGCCGUGCAGUGCUUUGAUGCGGCCCUCGCUUGCGGUACAGCAGAUGGCAUGGUCCGAUUGUGGGAUCUGCGUAGCGGGCAAGUCCAUCGAAGCCUCGUGGGACAUACUGGACCUGUGUCAUGUCUUCAGUUUGAUGAUGUGCACUUGGUAACUGGAAGUCUUGACCGCAGUAUCAGGAUAUGGGAUCUUCGAAUGGGCUCGAUCUACGACGCCUAUGGCUAUGAUAAACCAGUCACCAGCAUGAUGUUCGACACGAAGCGGAUUGUUGCUGCAGCUGGAGAGAACGUCGUCAAAGUGUACGACAAAGCAGAUGGCCACCACUGGGACUGUGGUGCUGGGGUCGGAGCCGACGAAACAGGACCUGACCCUGCGAUCGUUGAGCGUGUCCGACUCAAGGACGGAUUCCUUAUUGAAGGCCGCAGGGACGGCAUUGUUGCGGCCUGGACUUGUUAACCGCGCAGGACAAACUCACGUACAGAUACCAUCUCGUACAUGUUACUACUAUACGCACCGGCAUUGUUUACUCGCAUCUGUAUAUUACAUCUAUUCUUGGAGUCGAUAGAGGGAAUGGGAUGGCUGUCCGGUCGGUCAUCUGAGAGCUUGAAACCGACAAAGGUCGCAGUUA